AUGUCUCUUUAUCCGGCUAUUUCCACCAUGUCACUCGGUCAUCCCUCGGCACAUGGACUUCAGGAAAGGCUAGCCCAAGCAGCUUCCCACGGCUUCCGAGGCAUUGAAUUGUUUUUCGGAGAUCUUGAGUAUAUGGCCCGUCGCCAUCCUGGUGGAGUCACACCACUGAAUCUUCAAAUCGCGGCAUUUAAAGCACGGCAAUUGUGCGACAAGUUCAGGUUGAGUGUCAUUUGCCUGCAGUCUUUCGAGUUUUAUGAAGGUCUCCUCAAUCGUAACGACCACGACCGGCGCAUUGCGCACGCACAUCUAUGGUUCGACAUCUGUCACCUCCUCCAGACAGACUUAAUUCUCGUACCAUCCAACUCCUUGGGCACAGAUAUUGAGACAGGAGCACCCAAAACAACGAGCAAUAUUACCGUUAUCGUUGAAGACCUUCAAAAGCUGGCUGACCUGGGUCGUGCCCAGUCGCCGCCAAUUCGGUUUGCCUAUGAAGCCUUAGCGUGGGGAAGUCACAUUAAUUUAUGGGAGAAAGCGUGGAAGGUUGUCCAAUGUGUCAAUCGACCCAAUUUUGGUCUAUGUAUUGACACAUUUCAUGUCGCGGGUCGUGUUUACGCGGACCCAACUCGGCGCUCAGGAACCGUGCCCGGUGGAAAGCGAAAGCUGAAUAACUCCCUAGUACGACUGGAGGCCUGGAUCAAAAUCGAUAAGCUAUUUUUACUCCAGAUAGCUGACGGUGAGCGUUUGGAUUCGCCAUUGGUUGAUGGCCAUCCUUGGCAUGUCCCUUUGCAGCCGCCUCGCAUGAGCUGGUCGCGCAAUGCCCGCCUCUUCCCUUGUGAACCGGAGCGGGGUGGCUAUCUUCCAGUCAUGGAUAUCUUGCGAGUCUUCCUGCGAAAAGGGUAUCUGGGCUGGGCAUCAAUGGAGUUGUUUUCUUGGACGGCGAUUAAGGCCGAUUUUACUGUGCCAAGCGAUCAUGCAGGCCGGGCAAGUGAGUCCUGGAGACGCAUGGCUAAGGAGUGGGCACAAGGUAAUAAGACCACAGUGAGCAAAGAUUUUUUUGGAUCUCCUUUACUUCAGAUAUGA